GGCGCGCUGACCCUGUACAUAGCGCUAACGGGAUGUUAGGGGACACCGUGCUGCCAGGAAUGCUCCUUCUGACGAGAUGUGAAACCAAUUUAACAGUCAUGAAAGAUCCCCUGGUGCUUUUCACAAUGAGCCAAGUGGGGGAGCUAGCAGAGCGCUCAGCUGGGUGCUUGCAGAUGCUCCUGCACUGCGUGCCCUCUUACAACACUCUUUCCUUGUGCCAGAGGCCAGCAGGGCAGCAAUCUGCAAAGAGCUGAAGAUGCGCUGCUGGAUCCUCUUCCUUUCCCUGCUGGGCUUUCUGCCCCUUGUGAUGCCCACGUGCCCCGCGUCCUGCCAGUGCAGCACCUACAUCGUCAACUGCAUGUCGAAGGAGCUGACCGAAAGCAGCCUCCCCGCGUCCUUCAGCCCCUCAACUCAGAUGAUCUUCCUCAACAACAACCAGCUCACCAGCAUCCCCAGCGGGCUCCUGGAUAACCUGCUGAGCCUCCAAGUGGCCUACCUGUGGGGGAACCCCUGGGAAUGCGACUGCAACAUCCUCUACCUGCGCUCGUGGCUCCAGUGGCAGCAGAAUCGGACCCUGUAUAGGAACGUGGUGUGUGCCUCCCCAGAACACCUGCGAGGCAGGAUCAUCGCGUACAUGUCAGAGGAUGAGCUCGUCUCUACCUGCCAGUACUGGUACUGCAGCAUCGCGCUCUUCUCCCAGAUCUGCCUCUUCCUCUUCAUCCUCCUCCAGGCUGUCCUGCUCGUCUUCAUUAUCGUGUUCCUGAACAGAUUCCAGAGGAUCGCCAAUGUAGCCAGGCAGACCACCAAGGAGAUACACCAGCACGUAGAUACAUGGGCUCCCGUUUCAGAGAAUGGCUAUGACAUUGAUUAACGUCACAAGGGCUUUCAGUCCUCAUGCUUCAGGGCAUAAACUGAUCAGCGGGGCCAGGAAGGACAUCCUUCCUCCUGCGAUUGUAGCGUUGCACGGGCCAUCUGGUGCAUUACGCUGAGAGCCAGCUGUUCUCUGAAGCAUCAGGAACAGGCCACUGUCUAAAGCAAGACAUAGGCUUGGCCUAUUCUUCUGUCGCAGUGCAGCUAAUCUUGGGAUGUUAAAAUUCUGCACUCUUCCAAAGGGAUCGAAACAGGAUUGGGACCAACUGUUCUUUUAGCAAACCUGUGCAGACUUGGUUGCUUUGCUGAAGUGAAAACUGCUACUGGUCUGGUCUCUUCAGAGAUUGUGAUUCUCUGUGCAGAAUCACGUACACCAAGAACCAGAAGGAACUAACUUAAAGCUGGCAAGGGCCAGGGCAGUCUGAGCUAACGCUGCUGCUAUGUGCUUCAUGCUCGUUUGGUCCCAGGGCUCCACUGGCCGAGCCCACAUGCUAAAACACUUGGGGCUGAGCUUAGAAAGUCCCUGAUUCUGCUGGUUUGUUACAACGUGGGCCGAAGACGGCAGGCUGGCCCCGUGGUUAAGUAACUGGAGUAGGCCACAGGAGAGAUGGGUUCGAUUUCCCAGCUCUGCCUCUGAUUUCCUGCGUCACAGGCGGCAAGUCAAUCAGUCUCACUGUGCCACAGUAAAAUCGGGCUAAUGCUCCUCCCUGCUGGCCACGCUUUGCCUUGUCUGCUUCGGGUGGGGCUGUUCAAAAGCCCACAGUGUUGCCUCAAUUCUGUUCCCACUAAAUGAAGGCGGGAGCCCAGUCAGGCCAAUGCCGAGUGCUUCUGAAAUCCUCGCCCUUUUAGGGCAGCGAUUGCAUCUUCCUAUGUGUCUGUACGCUGCCCAGCGGAGCGGGGGCCUCUAGGGGCUACUGAGAUGGCAAGAAAUACAUAAUGCAGCUUUAGCCAUUUCUAACAGUCCUUUCAUGUCUGUAACAAAACCGUAUUAAAAUAAUGCUGAUGCAGAUGGUUCUUCCCAGGCUGAAACAUGUAUCUGCUUUAAACUCCUUGCAAACCAUGCAAGCAGGGGAAACGCCCAGGAGAGGGUCUGGGGUGGGACUUUGUUUUAAAAAGGGUGUUCCUUGGAAAUGGAAUUGGGGGGGAAAAGAUUCAUCCCGGGCUCUGCACUGCUGGUUCUUAAUGUGGAGUUUCUUUGAAUUCAGGUUUUACACGGACGAUUUGGGUUGUUUCUGGUUUUUAUUUACGCCGAGGCCCGUGUCUGAGUGCCUGGUAAUUUGCCAGGAGAGGGGCGAAGAGGAAGGUAGGCGAGCUGGCAAGAUGGAACGGGCGUUUAAGAUGAAGCAGUGGCCCUGCAGGCCUGUAAUAACUCCGGGGAUUGGUACUGGGACAGUGGCGGCUUAGGUCACUGGUUCCCAUCACCAGGGACCACUCUGGCAGGGGCUGAGGGCACUGGCGGUUCCUCAGCACCCGAAGGGUUAACCUCAGCUCACCGAUCCUACUCCCUUUACAGAGGCACUGAGGGCAAGGCCAGUAAAUUGUUUUGGAGGCUGGAUGGCAGAGUGGUUCUGGGGAUGGUUGGGCUCCACUUUCAGGGGCAUCCUAGACCUGGG